AUGGCGAACAACAAAUCAAUAAUAUCUGUUCAAACCAAGUCACAAGCUAGUGCUAAACAAGUAUCAAAAUUUUCCAAGGAUGCAGUUGCAAAUCGGCGUAUCAACAUGCAAAAAAUGCAAAAUGUCCUUCUUGUUUGGUUAGACAACAAUAUUAACGAAAAUAAUGCUGAUUGUACUAAUACAAUCAAACAAUUAAAACGUGUUGUUAACAACAUAAACACGUUUACAGAUGGUGAACAGUGUCUUGAGUUUAUUCAAACUAUCACCAACAACAAAGUAUGUAUGAUCAUCUCGGGGUCACUUGGCAAACAUAUUGUGCCCCAUGUGCAUCAUAUGUCCCAAAUAGACACCAUUUUUAUUUUUUGUAACAAUCAACAAUGGCAUAAACAAUGGGCCAAAGAAUGGCCUAAAAUAAAAGGAGUCUUCACAGAGAUAACAUCAAUUUGCGAAGCUCUUAAACAAACUGCUCACCAGUGUGAGCAAAAUGCCACACCGAUCAGCUUUGUAGCGUCAAACAAAAAAUUGGAUCAAUUAGAUCCAUCAUUCAUGUAUUCUCAGAUCUUGAAAGAGAUCUUAUUAACCAUCAACUUCGAAGAUAAACAUUUCAAAGAAUUUAUUAGUUAUUGUCGUGAAAUAUAUGAAGAUGAUGAAAAUGAAUUAAAAAAUGUUAAUCAACUACAA